UGCAUCAUAUAGCACUAACAAAACGCCGUGCCACCACACUAAUGAUACUCUACUACUCUCCCACUACCUAAACUUAAAAGUGGAAUAACUCGUUAACGGGUUGACGGAAAUCAAAAAUGUUGACAUCAAAAUGUAUUUUGAGUAAUAAUCCGACUAUUUAUCAAAUGUUUAAUAUAGGUUCUCAUUUGAAAAACCAAAGUAAAUAUUGUCACAUGUUACUUACCUUAACUGCUGUGAAAAAUCUUAACAAACACACUUCAGACUUCUACACUAAAAAUUCCAAAAAUCAGAAUUCGAAUAUAUGCAAAAUUUAACCAAAAAAAAAAAAAAUGGGAUGAGAACACUUAGUAAGUACUAACUUAUAUAUUAUAGUGCCAUAGUUAUACCACAGAAUAGAUGAAUUCAAAAAUAUAGAUUCUAUAGUUAUAAUAGUUAUUAUCACGAACCAAGAUACCUAUGAGAUGGUUAGUCAAUGUGAAUAUUACAUCCAACCUGGAUGCGGUCUGUUAAUCUGUUAUAAUUCAGUUAAAAUAUUCGUAAAUUUGAAAUUUUGACAACAGUUGUAUUUGGUUUUUCUAUACGUGGUUAAAUUUUAGGUAUUCCGUGCCCUGUGAAUAAAAUUGUUAGACUAAACAGAAAUGCUUGACACCAAGUGUGCUAACUUAAAAUUUUACCAUAAUACGCUAAUUCGUACACUAUUAUACUGAGCGUAUAAUCAACGGUUAUGGUUAAUGGUUUAUUGUAUAUAUUUAUUCUUGUUGUACUAAAAAUUACUCCAAUAGUUUUUGAGUCUAUUAAUCCCAUACAGAUAGAUAGACAGACAUCAAUUAGUAUAUAUUAUAUAGAUUAUAGGAUAGGUAACUAUUUUGUUGAGAAUUUUUUUUCGUUUGAAAUGAUUUAUUAAAUUUACUUAAUUAAUUGUAUAAGUAACUUAUUUCUAGAGUCUUUAAAUUAUGAAUAUUUUCAACUAAUAAUUAAAACAAAUUUAACAAAAUAUAAAAUUGGUAAAGGAUGGCGGAUAAUCAAAUUAAGCGCAGGUGGCAGGCGUCGAGAACUGAUACGAUAUUUUAUAGAAACCUUAGAUCUAAGAUAGAAACAGAAUACGAGUACGAAGUAAUGACUAAUGAGUAUAAAGUAAUGAGUAUUUACUAUACUCCGUGCCACGAGAGAAGUAACCCGUUUCGCGCAUGUAGACUGACGGUAGGGAGCGUUACUAAGCUCCGUUUCCCCAACUUUUUCCCUUACAGUUCGCGAUGUGGCAUGCAUACAGCGUAAAAUUAGUGAUAUACAGAGUGAUUAUAUUAUAUUGUUAUUUAUAAUAUCGUCAUUGAUUAUAGAAUACACUAGAAUGUACGGUUCAUAGAAGUACUGGCACAGACGCAUUGACAUACUAUAUCAAGUGUACGUAAUUACUAAUGAUGUAGUAUACAUAGUAUACAUCUAAUCUAUCAUUUGGCAGGAGGGUAUUUCAAAUAAAAUCGUACAUAAUAUUACCACAGAUAUUAGUAAUAAACUAAAUUAUUACCUAUAUAUAUAGAUAAAAACAUAUUAUAAUGAAAAAUAAAUCAUACACGUAAAUCAUUAAUCAAAAUGAUUGUAUAAAAAAAUAAGAUUAUAUAAAAUUUUAAUAAUAAACAAUAUUUGAUAGUAACAUGUAAAAAAAAAUCUGAUUUAAAUAUUAUGAUCUGAAAAUAUAUUAUAUCCAACAACUCUAUAAAAAAAAAAAACAAACAAAUUACUAAAGAGCAUAUGCAUUUAAAUGUUAUGAUAUCUUAAUCUUCGUAAUAAUUUAAGUGUUGAAAAAUGUUAAACACCAGCUUUAAAAGUUUUAGUUUUUAUGUUAUCAAGUUUAAAAGGAAAAUGUGAAUGGCCAAUCGGUUAUUGGUUUAAAGACAAAAUUAAAUCCUCAGUACAAGAACAGCUUAUAAAAAUUACUAUAAUUGAAUGCCAAAAAUAUAAAAUAAAUGUAUUAAGUGUAACUUGUAAUGGAGCUUAGGCAAAUAGCAGUACUUUUAAAAUAUUAGGAUGCAAAUUAAAUGAAGAAUUUUCUAACAUCAAACCUAAUUUUAGUAUAGACUCAACAAAUCUAGAAUUAUAUUUUACUCCAGAUGUCUGUCACAAUAUAAAAUCAUCAAGAAAUGCUUUAGGAACUUUUAAAGCGUUUAAAAAUGAAAAUGGACAGCUUAUUGAAUAAAGAUACUUGGAACAGUUGUUUUAGUUGCAAAAUGAAACUGGAUUUAAAUUAUGUAAUAAAAUUGGAUCAGCACACAUUAACUGGAAGUGCAACAGUAUGAAAGUUAAGCUUGCAGUUCAAACUCUAAGUAGUUCAGUGGCAGAUGCUCUUCAGUUCCUAAAACAAUAAUCAAAUAACAAUAAAAAUUGUGAACCAACAAUUUAGUUCAUUAGUUAUUGAGGAAAUUUUUGAUUUCUUAAAUUCAAGAACUUUUCAGAAAGGUUUCAAACAACCUAUUAAUAUUGAAAAUAUAGUAUUAAAAGAAAAUAGAAUGAACAAUCACUUAAAACUGUAGAUGUAGUGCCUCUGUGGAAAAGUCUGAGAAAAACAUUUGUCAUUGGAUUUACCACAUCAAUAAAAAUCAAUUAUAAAUAUAGCAAAGAUCUACCAGUCAAUCAUAGCUUCAAAUUUGUCUUAACUUAUAAAUUUAGCAAAGAUGCAAUUGAAUUAUUCUUUGGACAUAUGUGACGUUGAUUUGGAUCCAAUAAGAACCCAAAUCACUUACAAUUUACUAUUGCUAUAAAAAGUAUUUUAUUACAUACUUUGAUCAAUUUAAUAAAUGGGAAUUGUAAUUUGUUUAUUCACGAAGAAGAUAUUCUUUUUUUCCGUUAAAUAGAAAUAUAAAAAUACCACAUAUAUAUUGAAUAAAAACUGAGUGUUUUCAAAAUCGACAAACUUACUGAACAAUACUUUAAGUAUAUAGUUAUUGACAAAAGGCAUUUAUAUAAAAUACAAAAAAUAAUGAUAAUGGUUCAAAACUCUCUUUCAUUAUGUUCAAAUUUACUUCCAGAAACAAAUAAAUGUUUUGAAGACACUGAUAUACAUUCACGUCCGCACAAGAUAAAUAUUAUUAACCUAGUAAGCCGUAUGUAUUUAAAUAUUCGUAUAUACUCUUAGAGUAACAUUUUAAGUUUUCUAUUUAUUUUGAAAGCUUCUGUCAACAAAAGUCAAGUUGCAUAAAACAAUUUUGUUUAAUAACUUGUAGUCGUAACCUUGUUAAUAGCAGUAAAAUUAGUUCUUUUAAUGUGUUUGGCUUUGGAAGAUAUUUAGAUAAUUGGGUAACAAAUUUUUUUUGAUGCAUAAAUAAAAUAUAAAUAAUUACGUUAAUUAUCAUUGAACAUAUUUUUGAGUUCAUGAAUUAUGAUAAAAUUUAUUUCUGCAUCACAAUGAUAAAAAUUGAUAAAAUACACAAUUUUGGAUUAAUUCAUAUAAGUUUUCAAUGAAACCGUAGAGAAUAAAAAUAUUGCUAGACUGAACUGGAUACUGAACAGAUCGGUAGGUAUCAUUAAAAACUAGUAGUUAGUAACAAAUUAUUUACAUUUAUGAAUUUUUGGAUUCUUGGGAGAAUAAAUUAUUAUAUUAGGUAUAUAAUAUUAUGUGGACGAUGGACACUUAUUUAAAAUUACAAAAAACUGUCUUUAAUUGUAAUACACACACGAUACACAUUAUAGUAAAACCAAUAGAUCCCUCGCUACGCUCCAAAUAUAAUAUUUAUGAAAUACUAAUGCAUACCUUCUACAUAAAAAGUAGGUACUUAUAAUUACCUAGUGUUUUACUUAUUUUCUAACCUUGAACAUUUAUUUUUGAAUAAUUUCCUUAGUUUCCAUAAUUUGUAUAGUUUUAUUAAUUUUUCACGGUCGUAACUAAUGGGUAUUCGUAACUAUCGGUAGCUCUAAUGUAAGAAUAUCCUAAUGAAUAAUGACUUGGUAUCACGGUGUUGAUGAAAUUUGAUCUGCAUAGUGAUUAGUACCUACUGCCAUUAAUUAUAAAUAGAUAUUGGUAUUAUCUAUAAUAAUUAUUGUACAAAUUAAAUUUGCGCGGGUUAUGUUUGACCAAUCACUACAGAGUUAUGGUUAAUUUGAUCAAAUAUUUGAUCGUCUGAGCCGGGCUUAUCUGUGGGUUAAACUUGCUUACUUAUCAGUUAUAACUGUAAGGGGCAAUUAUAUUAUACCAUAAUAUAUAUGUUACAACUAUUAUGAAUUUGAUGAAGUUUUAACAGACAUAUUAAUGCAGUUGUCUUCCUAUUCGUAAAGUAUAUUAUUUAUAUCUGUGUCUAUAUAAGACGAUAUUUAUUUUAUAUUAUGUUUAAGGCGCCGUCAACUAGUUAAUAAGUCUACGUGUUCCACAAUAGGCGUAUCGUCGCGUUUGACCGUUUUCCAAUAUCUACUAGACACGUGUACCUAUGUCGUGUUAUCACUUGGUGGUGCCGACAUGUCACUUCUUUAGUACUUCACUAUUAUAUUAUGUCUGUAGUUUUCUGUUGUCGUAAAUUAUUUUACGUGUAGAUAGAUCCUAGAUUUUUGGACAGUAGCGGAUCGCGACCUGUGAUAACAAUAUGGAUAGACGUGCAAGGUUCACUAUCUGUGCCAUUGGAAUAUUCGUAUGCUAUUUCUUCUACGGAAUACUCCAAGAAAAAAUCACCCGUGGCACGUAUGGCACGCGAGGCGAAAAGUUUACGUACUCCCUGUCGUUAGUGUUUGUACAGUGCGUAGUAAACUAUGUUUUCGCCAAAGCCAUAUUGAAAGCGUUUCCUGAAGACUCCAAUGAUACAACCAGACCCACAUAUUAUGCGAUCAGUGCGACUACAUACUUGCUAGCUAUGAUUUUCAGUAACAUGGCAUUACAAUGGGUCAACUAUCCUACUCAGGUGAGUAAAAACAAAAUCUAUAUAUGACUUAUUGUUAUUAAUCAAACAAAUAAUCUUAUACCCUUGUAGGUAGUGGCCAAAUCUGGUAAACCAAUACCAGUUAUGAUUCUAGGUGUACUGUUGGGACGCAAGUCAUAUCCGUUGAAGAAAUAUUUAUUUGUGCUCCUUGUAGUUAUUGGAGUAGCUUUGUUCAUGUUCAAAGACGGAAAGUCCAAAUUAUCACAGUCUGAUUCUUCUAGUAUGUGUAGAUACUUAUUAGCCUGUUGCCACCUGCAAGCUAUAAUUUCUAUUUUAACUAAUAUUAUACUUUUUACAGUGUUGGGCCUUGGAGAAAUAUUAUUGAUACUGUCACUGAUAAUGGAUGGUGUGACUGGAGCUAUUCAAGAAAGAAUGCGAAGUGAAUCAAAAACAAAGUCUGGCCAUAUGAUGGUUAACAUGAAUCUGUGGUCUAUGUUCUUCUUAGGAGUGGCACUUAUUGGUACUGGUCAAAUAUUUGACUUUAUUAGUUUUGUACAGCGUUACCCACAAAUUUGUGUGCAAUUACUUUUAUUCUCAGCAUUCAGUGCACUUGGGCAGUUCUUUAUAUUUUGGACUGUAAGUGAUUUUGGACCAUUACCUUGCUCAAUUGUGACAACUACAAGAAAAUUUUUUACUGUACUUGCAUCGGUUAUAUUAUUUGGUAAUCCAAUGUUAACUAGACAAUGGAUUGCUACAAUUAUAGUAUUUGUAGGAUUAUUCCUGGACAGUUUUUAUGGAAAAUCACCUGUCAAAAGUAAAUAAUAACAAAAUUACAUUCAUUUAUGGAUUGUAUGUUGUAUGAUUGGUUUCAAUGUAAGUACAUUGUACAAGAUACCAUACAAAAUUUCACAUUAUGGUACACUGUUGAUAAAGACAUUAAUAAUUUUAGGAUUAUCUGAAAUGGGUGAAAGAAGUAAUGACUGUGAUAUUUUAAUUGCAUUCAAAAUCAUGUGAAUUUAAUUUGUAUAAAAUAUUUUAUUUAAUUUUAUGUCAUCUAACUCUUAGUAAUAAAUUUUACUUUUUUUUUAAAAAAAAUGUUUUACAUAUAAAGUUUCCCUGACAUAGUCAUCUAAACUUAAUGUUAAUAUAAAAUAGACAAAUUUUUAACUUUAGGAAAAUAAAUAGCAUUAAAGAAUCAUAGAUUCAUACGAGAUGUUAUCCAGAUGAACUGAAACUUAAAAAUCUAUAGAAUAUAUAAAUUAUAUACAAUUUAUGUUUUGAUAUUUACAAGUAAAGAAUGUGAUUAGGUUAUAAAAGCAGGUCGUGAAGCUGUCCACACUUGAUAUGGUGUAAAAUAGGUGGGUUGCUCAGUUUGUAAAAUUUCGCACUGCUAGCAGAAUUAAAGUGAUUGAAAAAGUUGAUAGUUAUUUGUUUUUUAUGAACUCUGAUAUUGUGGAAUAAAUUUUACUAAAUUUAAAAAAUUUCAAAUAUAAAUUAUUUUUUUUUUUAAUGUUUUAAACCCUUCAAUUCUAAUUUUAUUAUUAAUCUUAUUUUAAUUUAAUUAUGAAUAAUCAUUUUUGUCAAAUUGUUCAUUCAAUAUCUCUUAGUUAAAAAUGUGUUUACAAAUAAAUUAAAUACUUACUAUUUGAAUGAUAAAUAUAGAAUUGUUAUGAAAAUAAAAUUAGACCAAUAAAUACAUUUGAAAACAAAGCAACUAAUGAAAAUAUUACAAAAAUAAAUCACACUAAGUAAAAAUCAUUAAUGUUCAAUGGUUCAUUAUUGAUAAUACUAUAAGAAAUUUUGUUUUCUUGUUCAGCCUUGUAUACUUUGUUAAUCAUGUUAUAUUGUUAAUUUGUCACAUUAUUAAUUAAUACAUGUAUGAUCAUGCAGUUACUAUAUUUAAUUAUUAUACACUAAAGCAUUAUGGGAAUAUGUAUGAAUUGGUUAGGAUUGCAAUUUUCUCAAAAUAUAAAAUGUAAAUGGUUAAAUUGACAAAAGCUAGCAAUUGUAAUUUUUUUAAAAAAUAAAGUUAUUACUUUCACUAAUUAAGAAGAUUCAAUUCCUUGCUGUUUUUUUUUAUCAAAAUGGAUCUAUAUUAUGUAAAUUGUAUUGAAUGUCCUUAAAAUAGGAUUACCACUAUUUUUAAAUUAAGAUCACUUUUUAAAAGAAGAAUAUUGAAAAUUAAAAAAAUAUUAGAAGGUGAUUUUAAGUAAACUUCAUGGCAAAUUAAAUUAUUUUCAGAUAAUGCUUCGUUUUCAUUUCAACUAUUUGGGGUGAGACACUCGUCUUAAACUUCCACUUGAACCAAUCCCCUACAUUAUCCUCGUCCUUAUAUAAUUCCCAAUAGCAACCAAACAUCUUUUUUCAAUAUUCCCCUCCCCUCCUAAAUCUAUUUUCAUAACAAACUUACUCCUUUUUUGAUACUUUUAGACAAAAAAAAAACCUGUUAGACUAUAACUCUUCCCCAUAAAUGAAUAUCAGACAAUAGAUUAGUGGAACUAGACAGGUCUGAUCAUUAGGGGUGUCAUUAAAUAUCUUUUAAAAUUUCAUAAUAUUGGAGAAAAACAAGAAAACGAUCUUAAAAAAUAUUGGUCAUUAUUUCAAUAUUUCUUUUUCUCACUCAUUAUUUAAAAAAUAAUAAUCACUAACAGUUCUGUAGUAUAUGUUACCUUUUAUUUAUUUUUAUUGUGUCAAUAAUGUUAAAAUUAAAUAAAUAUGAUCUCAGUUUUAAUAAUUUAAAUCUAAAUGUAUUCCUGAUAAAUAACUAAAAACAAAUUUAUGUAUACCAUUAUAUACCCUAAAUAGUUAAAUUAUAAACAUGUUUUUAGAUUCCUAUUAUAAAUUAUAAAUAAAUAUGUAAUAUUAAUGUGUUCUUAAGUUGUCUUUGUAAUAUUAAAUAAAUAAAUUAUAUUUAUAAUUAAUACACACUGUGUAUAAUUUUUCAGUUAUACUUUAUGACCUUUCAAUGGACAUAAAUUUAUUUAAAUACAAACACUUAAGGUGUUUAAUAUUAUAUCAAGUUUUUUACAUGACAUAAGUAGUUUUAGAUUUGUAUAAAUCAAAAUCUGAUUUUUCUUCAUUUUUAAUUUUUUUUUUUUUUUACUACUGUGUUUUAAUGUUUUGAAAAAACUUUACAAAAUAUAUUUUACAAUAACAAAAGUAUGUAUUUAACAUAAUGGAAUUCUAUGGUUUUUUGGGAUAAGCUCCCAAAAUAUUCUAUGUCAGAAACUAUUUAUUUAGGAUUUUACUACACAAUUUUAAAUUUUACUGAAUGUUUUUUUGCAUUGUGUAUCUAGAAUCAUUUUUUUCUUUUUCACUCAUCCAUUCCAUCUGAAAAAAUAUAUACAUAAUUAUAAUACUUUAAAUACAUUUAAAAUAAAAUGGUUUAAAAAUACUUUUUGUUUAUGCUGUUUAAUUGCAUCUUCACAGCGACUCAACACCAUUUCUUCAGUUAAAAGUCCAUCUUCUGAAGUAUACCCAGCUGCUUGCCAUGCAACCCCCAAUUUGGCGAUUUCUCUACCAGACAUACCAGUAGUCAUACCUGCCAUUUGUUUGCAUAAUGCGCUGUAGUCGAAUUUGUCAACAUUCAACUUACUGCAAAUAAUAUUCUUUCUUAAUUUCAUAAUCAUAGAUAAUAAUUAUUCAUUACCUUUUUCUCUGAGUUGCUGGUGUUAACACAUAUUUAUCAAAGUAUAACAUUAUUAAACGUUCUCUUUCUUCUUUGCCAGGUAAACCAAAUUCUACCAUUUCAUCUAAUCUGUCAUUUACUGCCCAAUCAAAUUGUUCAGGAGUAUUACUUGCCAAAACUAACAUAAAUCUG